CUAGAGUCGUCAUGAAAAGAAAAAAACAGAAGUGUGAAAAUCAGAGACCUCAAACAUUAGUAUCUCAUUUCAGUUUUGACUUUGCAACAGAAAGGACGAGUUUAUUAUUGAAUCAUCUAAAACGUGUAUGCUUAACUACAGACUCUGCAGUUCAGUGGUUUACUGAAUCAUAUUUUUGAGCUAGCAAUUAACAUUACAGGUGGUUUACCAAGCUUUCAGUUUGCAUGACUAUUUCCUAACAAAUGUCAGUGAUGUUGAACAGCACUAGUGGCCUUUGGGCGGUCACAACACCCAGUGUUCUAUCAAGUGUCAAUUACUCUGAGAUGAGUAAUGAGCAAAGCACGAUGACUACAGAGGAUUACUCUGAAUACUAUAGUAAUGGCAUUGAUGCAGAACCAUGCGAUUAUCACAUCCAGGCAAGCCAUUUUCUUCCAGUACUCUACUCCCUGUUCUUCGUGGUGGGCUUCCUGGGAAAUAUGCUGGUGCUGUGGGUGAUCCUGAGAGGUGCUCAGAUGAAAAGCAUGACUGACGUGUCUCUCCUGAACCUUGCCCUCGCUGACCUUCUACUAAUCUUCUCUCUCCCCUUCCUGGCUCACUAUGCCCGAGAUACCUGGACUUUUGGCACCAAAAUGUGCACCCUGGUCCUUGGUGUGUAUUACGUUGGAUUUUAUGCUGGCAUUUUUUUUAUUGUGCUGAUGAGCAUCGACAGAUAUUUGGCUAUUGUCCAUGCUGUGUUUGCCCUGAGAAUCCGAACAAAGGCUUAUGGGAUUUUAGCUAGCAUGGUCAUCUGGAUUACAGCUAUUGCAGCUUCAUUUCCUGAGCUAUUGUAUAUCGGAGUCAUGAAAAAUGGCUCAGAAGUAAUUUGCAGUGCUUAUCCAAAAGAAAAUCAAGAUUUUCACAAUGAUGCAAGAAGUGCAGCUUUCAUUAAAAUGAAUGUUUUGGGCCUGCUAAUUCCAUUGAUUGUUGUGGGAUUUUGCUAUACGAUGGUGCUCCGGAGGCUUCAGACCCUUCGUAAUCCCAAGAAACUGGCUAUUCGUCUUGUUGUUGUGGUCAUGGUGGUCUUCUUCUGCUGUUGGACACCAUACAACAUUGCAGCAUUCCUCAAAGCACUGGAACUGAAGCACAUCCUGUCUUCAGGGUGUGAAUUCAGCAAAAAGACCCAGUUGAUGCUGCAAGUCACUGAAGCCGUGGCAUACUCUCACAGCUGCCUCAAUCCAUUCCUCUAUGUGUUUGUGGGUCAAAAAUUCAGGAGGCACCUCGCCAGUCUCUUGCGCCAGACACCAUUCAUCCACGUGCAGUGUAUGAAGCGCUUCAUGACCCAGGCUACAGGAUCAGUGUAUUCACAAACCACAAGUUUGGAUGAACGGCCACUUGGUAUCUGAAUGGUGGAGGAACAUGAGAUUUGAUCAAAAUCUCAUGUAAAAUUUCAAUAAAUGCAGUCUCAUUUUAUAUGUACUCAUGAAAAUAAGAAAAUUAUGUUUGCAUGUGUUAUAUAUCACUGCUUUUUUUGGUAAGUACAGAUUACUAUUAAAGUGCUGAUGACACGUUUUUGACAUCUUUGGCAAUGUUUUAUAACAAAGAGUAAUUCCCGAUGAUCCAUAUAUUAAUUCACAAAGGCGCCUAUUUUACAAGUUAUGAUGAUAAACGUGGCUAUUUGGGCAAAUUUGACAGGGCUGCAGCACCCAGGAGACGAAGGAGGAGGAGGAGCUAUAUGACGUCAGCGAAAGAACCUUCCUCCUAACUUACCAGUUUGUUGUUGAUGCGACAGGUGUUCAGUUUAUCAUUAUUAGUAUUUUUAUUAGACAUUAUUAUACAUUAUUAUAUAUAUAGUUAUUAUGCCUUCGCGUUGGGUUGCCAGCUUUUGCUCCAAAACCCACAAGGAUGGGGUAAGUUAGGAGGUUCACCAACAUCCGUCCUGUGCUCUGAACACUUCGAUUUGGAUUGUUUUGACACCCUUCCCAGCUUAAAAGAAUCUCUUGGGUGUUCAGUUCAGCACAAAUGUGUGUUACUACCAUCAGCAGU